ACCUCCACGACCAGUAGACAUCUCCCCAACCUGCGCUGGAGUCAUGCACCCGAACUUGGUGAGUUGGCUGGGGGCUCUCGGGUUCCUGAUGUGGGCUCUGCUAUGCCUGGGCACGCUGACGGAGGGGUACCCCAUGAAACCGGAGAACCCAGGGGAGGACGCACCAGCGGAGGAGCUGGCAAAGUACUACUCAGCCCUGAGACACUACAUCAACCUGAUCACAAGACAGAGGUAUGGCAAGAGGUCAAGUCCUGAGAUUCUGGACUCGCUGGUCUCAGAGCUGCUGCUGAAGGAGAGCACAGAUGCUCUUCCACAGUCAAGAUAUGAUCCGUCACUGUGGUGAUGGUGCCACUGCUGCGUCCACAUGAUCCCUGACUGUCUGUGUGUCAUUGUGUGUCUGACCCCCUCCUCAGUGUCCAUCAGCUCCAGACAUGCUGAUCUGUGCCAUAUAGAAAUGUAAAUAUUCUAAUCUGACAGUAUAGACGAUUCACGCAAGAGGGGGAGGGGCACGUUGAUUGUAUUGUAUAGUGCAAAUAAA